AUGAUCCUUCCUGGGCACUCUAUCAUUACCCGCUCCAUCAUUCGCAACGUCAAAUAUCCCACACUACAGGCCCAACCCUGCGGUGUAGACCUCACACUGAAGCGCGUUCUCAAAUGGACCUCACCCGGGGUAAUCGACUUGGAUAACAAACUCCGACAGCCGGCCUCGACUGAAGAGAUAACCUUUCUCUCCUCGAAAAAAAAUACAAAUCCAUAUUUACAUCUCGCGCAGGGUUCCUACCUUGUGGAAUUCAACGAGACUGUCUCCGUUCCUUUGGAUGUGAUGGGCCAGAUUUUCGUGCGCAGCUCAUUAUUUAGGUCCGGAGUGACUAUACAUGCCGGCGUUAUGGACAGUGGAUACGAAGGGGCUGUCGGGGCAUUGAUGCAGGUCCUCAAUCCCACAGGGUUGCGGCUAUAUCCUGCUGCGCGUCUGGCGCAGUUUGUGUUCCACCAGAUGAGUGAGAAGGUCGAUGGUUACAAUGGAGUUUACCAAGGGAUGAAAUAUUUGUAA